UCUGCAUGCGCUCGAAUCAAUUUUCGAAGCACUUAUUCCACUCGUUUGCUGGCAGAUCCAAAAUGGCAUUUUUGAAUGCGUCAACUGCUUCUUCUGGUGACUGGAACCUUCGAACACGCAGUCUGUUUUUAAUUUUCGGGAAAGUAAUGAAAUCGUUAGGACUUAGAUCGAAACUAUAUGGAGGAUGGUCCAAUAAUUCCACGUUUUCUUCCGUUAAAUACUGCCCUGUUUUUUUUGGGCUGUGUGCGAGCUUGCAUUGUCUUGGUGGAGGAUGAUUCUUCUUUCGGGCUUGAUUUUUCGAAGCUGAUGACAACAGUUCUUUGCUAAU